AAUCAGUUCACGCGUGAACGGGAGGGAGCAAAGCAAAGCUGACAUGAUAUGUCGGGCUUGUCUCCUCUCCGAGGCUUGCGCAAGACUUUUGAAGUGCAGAUGGCUGAGCGCAUGAAUCUUACGGGGUGCAAACAUGACAGUGUGUGCUUUGAAUCUCAGCAGGAGGCCAUCACUAGUAGGUUGGAGGCCAUCGCUAUUAGUAGCCAUAGCUCCAAAUGUGUUGUAGGACCCUUGCCAUAUCAAACAAAGUCACUACGCCCAUGUCUCGAGGUGCUACUGCUGUUUCUUGGCGAAGCAAAAUUUCAGGCCUCCACAAUCACUCUUGGGGAACACUUGAGGUGGGGCUACACCUCAAAGUUUGGCUACAGCACCGGUACCGGCAACUACAGUUUGAGGCUUCGUGUUUCAGACGAGGCAAAGCUGGCAGGUUCAACCAAAAUGUGACACUUUUUCUGGAGACGUACUUGGAUGAGGAUUGGAAUGAGGUGAUGAGCAUAGAGGACCCUUGCCAGCGGAAGAAGAAGUCUCGCUCGUCCAUGAGCGUAAGCGUUCCAUUGGAUGGGCGGUGGAGCGAAACCCUCAGAAGAACUGUACGAAACAACGUGAGGUCACAUAUUUGGUACUUUGCAGUCCUCGAUUGUGCCAAGAAGACAGAGAACAGCCGCAAGUUUGAGUACGAGAUGACCCACUUGAAUGAGGGUGGUUCUCACUUCACAGUGGAAACAAGAUGGACACUUCCUUCGAAUGUGCUUUCUCUUGUUUGCUUUGUGGCCUUUUCGGGUCUCUUUGCCAAGAGGUGUUUGGCUGAAAUGACCAGCGUGGGCAGACUGCACAUGGUGAUCUGGGCAUUGGUUGUCGUGGUUGCUAUGCAGCUUUUGGCGCAGUCGCUGCAUGCUUUGCACUUGUGGAGGUAUAGCUAUAAUGGGACUGGAGUGAGACCAUUUGAGAUCCUGGCGGAAAUCUCGUUUAUUUUGUCUCAGCUUGUGCAGUCUGCACUCCUCCUUCUCAUUGGGUACGGCUACACCUUGAUUCCAGUGGAUGUGGAUCCAGCAACCGUGCUGCUGACUUUUGGAAUAAGCGCUGUGGUGCACAUCAUUUUGGUCCUGCUUAUCAAAGCUGAGGACUCCGCUGACAAGUUUCAUGACUAUGAGGGUCUCGCCGGGAAGACACUUCUUGCCUUGCGACUAGCCUCCUUUGCCGUGUUUCUGUGGUGCUUGAAGUCCACCAUGACUGGCGCACCUUACAGGAUUCGCGGGCUGCUUUCCAUGUUUGCUUUCGUGGGCGCUUUGUAUUUCAUUGGGCCACCGUUUUUGGUGAUGCUGGUUUCGGUAUUUGCACCGUACUGGCGACCUCCAAUAUUGAAUACGAGUCUUAUGCUUCUUCAGAUUGGCACUGCGUGGUGGUUGCACAACCAGUUUCUCUCGCGUGGGGAGUACUUCAAGGUCUCGGAGCUCAAUUCCUCAAGUUUGCCCGGUGGCACGCCCCGCUCACCGCGGACACCUUUGGAGUCACCGACACGCUCGCCACAGCGUGACAAGCGGGACUGAUGAAACAUGAUGGAUCGUGCAACUGUGUCUCAGCAAAAGCUGAUGAUUCUGCAUCAAAGAAUGCUUCAUGUUCGUUUCUUCCACAGCACCUGAGCUGGGAAAUCGUCAUCGUUUCGUUUCAAAAGUUGAA